GUCAAAAUCAAUCAAAUGCAAAAAGUUGAAUUAUCACUCACGGUGAAAGAAAAUCUUAAUUUUAUUUAAAAUUUUCGUGUAAAAGUUGAUUUGAACAUAAAGGCUUUCAAGAUGAGUGAGGAAGAACGGACUUUGAUUGAUAAGUCGGAAAGUAGUUCUUUUGAAGAUUUAGCUUCGGCGGCAGCCCAUGAAAUUGAGGAAGCAAAAAUUGCGGAAGCGGCCGCCGCUGAGAAGGCAGUAGCUGCGGAGCAGGUGUCUGACACCGUCAAAGACGAAUGGCAGGAUGUCUUAGCUUCAGGCGCGUUGCUAAAAAAGAUAUUAAAGCCAGGCGAUGAAGCAUCAGGUGCUAGACCACAAAGAAGUGAUAUCUGUAGAAUCAGCUAUGAACUCAAAAUACGUGACAGUGGAGAGAUAGUAGAAAAAAGGGAUCAAGUAAAAAUAUAUUUGGGAGACAAUGAAGUCUUACAAGGUUUGGACUUAGUAUUGACUCUAAUGCAUGAAGGUGAAGAAUGUCUUCUGCAACUAGCACCUCGCUUUGCUUAUGGUGAAGCAGGUCUCAAACCCGGUGAGAGCCUUGGUUUGGUUGGUGAAAUAGAUGGACCAAAGUAUGAGGGACCUGCAAUUGGCCCUGAGACUUGGCUUGAAGCUAGAUUGGAGCUCCAUGAUUGGAAUGAAGAACCAGAGCAUGAAACUCUUCCCAUUGCUGAAAGAAUGGAAAUUGGUAUUCGUCGACGCGCUCGUGGCAACUGGUGGUAUGGCCGUGGGGAAGCUCAGCUCGCAGUGCAGCUGUACAGACGCGCGCUAGACGUGUUGGACGAAAGUGAGGGCGGCAUCACAGACCCUACACCUGCUGGAGAAUUGGUGCCAACCUCUGAGGCUUUGACAGCGCUGCUUGAAGAGAGACUGCGCGUACACAAUAAUAUGGCAGCCGCGCAGUUGAAAGCUGGCGCUUACGAUGCCGCUUUGCAGGCGGUGACGCGCGUCCUCCAAUGCCAGCCCAAUAACGCGAAAGCUUUGUACCGCAAGUCGCGCAUACUGUCGGCGAUGGGCCGCAACAUGGAAGCUUUGGCAGCAGCCAAGGCAGCGGCCGCGGCUGCCCCACAAGACUCGGGCACUAAGAAGGUUCUACAGAAGUGCGAAGAGAAAGCUAACAGAGAUCGUUCCGUGGAAAGGCGCUUAGCCAAACGUAUGUUGGGUACCUCGGACUCGCCUAAAAGUGGCGGGGCGCCCGAUAAGAAACCGUCUAGAACUAAAAUGCUGGUGUGGGGCUCGUUGUUGCUGAGCUUGUUGGUGGGAGUAGCCAGCGUGCUCGUUUACCGGUACAAGAUACAAGCACACUGACCACUGCGUUCCACUCUUAGACAAUGUUAAAGAGAUCCCAAUGGUGUGAUUGGAAGGUAGAGGUGCACAUUAUCUUAUUACGCUACGAUGUGUCUAAAAAUCGGGAAAACACAUAAUAUCAACUCUUGAGAAGAUUAAUUUUUUAUCAAAAGCCUACAAAUAACAUUAUAUAUUUACAAUACUGUUUGCAAUCUGCAA